CCUAAUUAAAGAAAACAAAAUCCAGAAGAAAAAAUGGAAACGAAACAGGUGAAAGUGAUGUUCUUGAUUUUAUCUGUGAUCAUGGCUUUGGCUUGUCGUCAUCAAUCCGAAGCUCAGUCGCCAGUGCCAAGUCCCGAAGCUUGCUUUGCGCCGAUAAAGAGCGUUAAAGGUUGUCCUGAGGCCCUAGAAAGAGUCAAGUAUGGAGACUUCAAAGGUUUGGGGAAGGAUUGUUGUCACGCAAUCAAUGGCCUCCCCGGAGAUUGUUUCCCAAUUAUUUUCCCACAAAAACCCUUUGCUGCGUAUUUCGUUAAACGCCACUGUAGAGGUCAAUCCGCUGAUGUUAAUUAAUUAUUAGAUCAGAGAAUUGUUCUCUUUUAACGCAAGGCACUCUACAAUUGUGUGUGCCUUUUUUUCUUCUAAUGGAACUUAAUAAUAUAAUAAAUAAUA